UCAUGAACGGUCGCGGGGACCAUGUCCCUCGUGUGGGCAACCAAGAGUCCCUCUACCGCUCGGCGCAGAUGUCCCUCGUUCAGAUCUACAUGCCUACCGAGUCUGCUCAUGCGGCCGUCACUGAACUUGCGCAGUUGGGAAACGUCAUGUUCAAGGAUCUCAACCCAGAUGUGACCCCCUUCCAGCGCACCUUCGUCUCUGACAUCCGUCGCCUCGACGAGAUGGACCGCCGUGUGCGUUUCCUCCAAUCGCAGAUGGAGCAUGAGAAGGUGCCCGUCCGCCCUCUCGAAUCGGCCCUUCCCUUCCUCAACUUCUCCACUGGCGGUCGACGUGGCCCUCUCCAGAUGGACGAGCUCAGCACAAAGCUGCGCGAGCACGAGGAUCGCAUCGGUCAGAUGAACGGCAGCUACGAGACGCUGCAGCGACGUUUGCUCGAGCUUCAAGAGGCUCGUCACGUCCUUCGUGAGACGGCCGUCUUCUUCAACCAAGCAGAUGGCAGGCAUGAGCACAUCCGCACCAGCACCGAUGACGACCAUGCGCCCCUUCUCGAUGACAUGGAGACCGGUGGCGGUCGCGGCGACAAUGACAGUGGCUUUGGAGGUCCUGCCUUCGACCUUGAGUUCGUCGCAGGAACAAUCGAGCGCAGCCGCAUGCCCACUUUCGAGCGCAUCCUUUGGCGCGUGCUCAGGGGCAACCUCUACAUGAACUAUGCCGAGAUCGACGAGACCUUUGACGAGCCUGGCAAGGAGGAGCCUGUCCGCAAGAACGUUUUCAUCAUUUUUGCCCAUGGGCAGGAGCUCCUCAACAAGAUUCGCAAGAUUGCCGAGUCCAUGAGUGGUACUUUGUAUCCCAUCGACUCGUCAUCGGACAAGCGCGAGGCUGCGCUCCGUGACGUCCACUCGCGCAUCGAGGACCUGAACAAUGUCCUCUUUACCACGUCGGCUACUCGCCGCACCGAGUUGGUCAAGAUUGCAGAGACGCUGAGCGCUUGGGCAGAUGUGGUGCGCAAGGAGAAGCUUGUCUACGCCACGAUGAACAACUUCCUCUUCGACUCGCGACGCAAGACGCUCAUUGCAGAGGGCUGGUGCCCAACCUUUGCACUUCAGUCCAUCCAGCUGGCUCUGCAGCGAGCAGCGGAGAAUGCGGGCACCAAUGUGCCUCCCGUCCUGCAGGAGCUCAAGACCAAGCAGACUCCUCCGACCUACCAGCUCACCAACAAGUUCACCGCCGGCUUCCAGUCCAUCGUCGACGCCUACGGUAUCGCUGCGUAUGGGGAGGUCAACCCAGGUCUCACGGCAGUCAUCAACUUCCCCUUUCUCUUCGCCGUCAUGUUCGGCGACAUAGGCCACGGUCUCAUCAUGACCCUCACAGCUCUCGCCAUGGUAGUGUACGAACGACGCCUGUCCAAGCUCGAUGGAGGCGAGAUCUUCGACAUGUUCUUCUACGGUCGAUACAUGAUCUUGCUCAUGGGCGCCUUCUCCGUCUACACUGGAUUCAUCUACAACGACAUCUUCUCCAAGUCGCUCAACCUCUUUAAGACGGGCUUCGACUGGCCCGCCAACGCCACUGGCACGGUGGAGGCCCAGCCCAAUGGCAAUGUCUACUUGAUGGGUCUCGACCCUACAUGGCAUGGCGCGGACAACAACUUGGUAUUCACGAACAGUAUCAAGAUGAAGAUGUCCGUCGUCCUCGGUGUGCUGCACAUGUCCCUCUCCAUCUGCACGCAAGUCCCCAACUUCAUCCACUUUGGUCGCCCGUCAUCCAUCAUUACAGAGUUCCUUCCCCAGAUCUUGUUCCUGCACUGCCUCUUUGGCUACCUCGUCUUCAUGAUCAUCUACAAAUGGUCCGUCGACUGGUACGAGACGGAUGCCACGGGCAACCUCUUCAGGAACAACCCGCCCUCCCUUCUCAACGCGCUCAUCUACAUGUUCCUCAAGCCUGGCCAGGUCGAGCCGGAGAAGGAGCUUUACUCGGGUCAAGCAUUCGUGCAGACUGUACUGCUUGGUCUGGCGUUCAUCUGUGUGCCGUGGAUGCUGGCCGCUAAGCCCUACUUGAUCUGGAAGGAGAAGCAGCGCACCGCCGGGCAGGGGUACAGCCAUCUGACGGCCACCGAUGAGGACGAAGAGGAGCAGCUUAUCAACGGCGCGGGAGAGCGUGUUGAAGGGCACGGCAGCGGUGGUGAGGGUGGUGAGGAGCAUGGCGAGGAGUUCGGAGAGGUGGUCAUCCAUCAGAUCAUCCACACCAUCGAAUUCUGCCUUGGCGCCAUCUCGAACACGGCCUCCUACCUGCGUCUCUGGGCCCUUUCCCUUGCCCACGCCCAGCUCUCCGAAGUCCUCUGGACCAUGACGAUCCAGAACGUCUUUGGGAUGACGGGCAUCACCGGAGCCCUCGCCACGGUAGCAGGCUUCGCCGUCUGGUUUGCCGGCACGAUCAGUAUUCUCUGUGGUAUGGAGGCUCUCAGUGCUACGCUGCACGCUGUGAGGUUGCAGUGGGUCGAGUACAUGGGCAAGAGUUUCAUUGGCGGAGGCACGAGGUUUGAGCCUUUGAGCUUCGAGCAGGAGUAGAGGGAAGACAAAGGCAGGACAUGAGCGGGGAAGCGAGCGAGCGAGCGAUAUCGUGGCUCGCAAGCAAGCUCGAGUCCAUCGUCCUCGUGACCCUUUGCCGGGCGGAGUGUUGCGCCCCACCCUCAACUUCGUCUGCGCUACGCUACGCUAUAUUUGCCGGCAAUGGAAUUGAUUCGCAGUAUGCCUCGGCCCUUAAGACGCUCAUGCAGCG